AUGGAUCAGCAAGCUCAACAUCGCGGGCGGUCCCCGUCUGCCGGCCACCAGCAACAGCCUCAUAUAAAACAACAACAUUCUACGUCCCCCGCUCCGUACCCGGCCCAGAAUGAGCCCUCCAUCGGUCUCGGUCUCGGUCUUGAUCAAUCUGCCACCCAAGCCUUCGCCGGAGCAGCCACGUCCUCCAAUCCCGACUUCACAGCCUUUAACAACAGCAGUAGCUUCCUCAACAGCCAGCAGCCUGGUCAGUCAUUCGGACAGACCAGCCUGAACGACCCGGCAGGCUUUGCCGGCAAUCAAGCCAGCCAGGCCUUCCUCGAUCCGACCUUUGCUGGCAACGAAUUCUCUCUGUUUCCUCCAGCCAAUAGUCCAGGCCAAGGGGAUCACUUCAACUCGCCUCUCUUCGACCCGACUCUCAAUCCCACCGACAUGAGCACCAUGGCCAUGCCCCAGAGUCAUCAUUCCCCCACGCCUCCCCAUCUACUGAACCCUGAUCCUCACCAACCUGGCUCUGCUCACCACUCCCCUUCUUUCAACCAGCACCAGUUCUCGUCGCCCCCGGGCAACCACUCACGGCAUGCGUCACUUGGCCCGGAAGCCGCCCUUCUCCCCAACCAGAUGAGCGACUGGACCCAGCCGCAGUUCCAGGGCCACAGGAGAAGCCCUUCAGCACACUCCGACGUUUCGUCGGCUGCGCCAUCGCCGAACCUCGUCAGCUCCGACAGCUUCGAGGGCAUCGGUAAUCACUCGCCCAUGCAACGCCCUACCGACCCUGCCCUGUUCUCCUCAAUGCAGGGGUUCGACAGCUUCACCAUUUCCGACGCUACCCACAGCAGCCCGAACCUUCAGGCGUCGCGAAGCCCCUCGCAUAGCCCGGCCAUGUCGCCGCGCAUUCUUCCCCAGUCGAUGACCGAUCUCCACCAGCAGCCGACCUACGGCAUGGCAAAUCACAGCACAUACGGCGGGCUGCAGUCGUCGGAAGCUUUCCCCACGCUUCAGCAGCAUAGCGGUCCUGAAAUGCCGCAGAUGGCUCCUGCGAUCAACAUCGAGUUUGCGCCAGCAGCUCGCCAGAACUCGUUCGAACCACCGAAACCCCCCAUGGACCAAGACUCCUUGACACCGCCAGAGCGAGGACGACCGCGGUCGCGCCCUCGCGCCGUCACGGACCCGUUCAACAGCGGAGGAAAUGUGAUUGUGGGACGUCUUCACAGCAACUCAGACGCGGGCCUCUCCCCUCAUAUGAACUCGGGUCUUUCUCCUCGAUCAGACGCGGCGCGCUCGCUGUCACCUCUCGACCGCCAGGGCACGAGCCCUUCCAGGAGGCGUCAGUCGACAUCUGCAGUGCCCAACAACGUGAUUGCCCUGCGAUUGGCAGACCCAGAGUACCAGAAUGCGCAGGACAGUGGCAAUGCGAAGAGGGUCCAAAAGCACCCAGCGACGUUCCAGUGCAACUUGUGUCCCAAGCGGUUUACUCGCGCGUACAAUCUGAGAUCGCAUCUGCGGACCCACACGGACGAGAGGCCGUUCGUCUGCACCGUGUGUGGCAAGGCCUUUGCACGCCAGCAUGAUCGCAAACGUCACGAGGGCCUUCACUCGGGCGAGAAGAAGUUUGUUUGCAAGGGCGAUCUCAAAGCCGGCGGUCAGUGGGGUUGCGGACGGCGGUUUGCUCGUGCCGACGCUCUCGGCAGGCAUUUCAGGUCCGAGGCUGGUCGGAUCUGCAUCAAGCCGCUGCUCGACGAGGAGAUGGUCGAGAGGAACCGCGUCUGGCAGGAGCAGCGCAUGCAGAACAUGGCGCACAACAUGACGGCUCCCCAGAUGGGCGGCUUGGAGGCUCCUCCUGGCUACCCCAUGGACCCCAACGGCCAGUGGCUGCCGCAAGCCCUGCUGGUGCAAUACCCUGCACUGGCGGGCAUGAACUGGUCAGGCCAGGAUGCCAACAGUGGCAUGGAGGACGAUAUUUCGGGACGGUCUUCGUUUGAUGCUAGCGACUACGAGGGCGAAGAAGGCGGAUACGUCAGCGGCCCGGGUACGGGAUUCGGUGACGGAGGUGUGAGCCAAAACUUUGGCGAGGUGGGCUAUGCGAGCGACUAUGGCGGUCGCUAG